AUAUCAUGGGACUGGAUCAGAGGCAUCUGAUGGAAUCCUGCCAGGAGAACCCAUGGCGCCAGCGGGUUUAACCGAAUUUGCACGUCCCUGCGCGGCGUGUUUUUGUCAAGGGAAUCUGGAUUCACUCGUCCCCACAGCUGUUGAGCUCAGCAGUCUGUAGCCAUGCCGACGCCCGCAGACAAGAGAAAGAUUGUGAAGAAGCGAACCAAGAAGUUCACCCGGUUCCAAGCUGAUCGCUUCAAGCGCAUGAACCCAGCAUGGCGCAAGCCCAGAGGCAUCGAUGGUCGUGUGCGCAGACGAUUCAAGGGUUCCACCCUUUGCCCCAAGAUUGGUUAUGGCUCCGACAAGAAGACCAGGUUCCGCCUGAAGAACGGCUUCUACAAGUUUGUUGUGCGUUGCCCAGCAGACCUGGAGAUGCUUCUCAUGCACAACGAGAAGUACGCCGUGGAAGUCGCCCACAACGUCGGUGCCAAGAAGCGCAAGGAGAUCGUGGAGCGAGCUGACCAGCUCCGAUUGUACGUGACCAACAGGAACGCGCGCUUGCGCACUGAGGAGCAGGAUUAGGCGAUUAGGCGACGCUGAGCUUCGAACGGCUGCGACGAGAGAAA